AUGCACUGGAGACGCUUCGCUAUUUCAGAUAUUCCUCUCGACGACCAAAAGGAGUUCGAGGCCUGGUUGAUCGCCCGAUGGGCGGAGAAAGACCAGCUCAUGGACCAUUAUUUUGGAACGGGCAGAUUUCCCUCCGAAUUGGCUGGUUCUAUUGAAGCCAAAUCAGCUACUCCGGAACAAAAACUCACAAUUUCAGCUGGCUAUAUCGAGUCUCAUGUUCGAUUGCACCACUGGGCGGAGCUUGGCAAAAUCUUCAUGGUUCUGGCUGGACUCGGGUGUCUGUGUCGUUUUAUGAACAGCUGGUUCGGCUGA